CCAAAGUUCUUUGCAUGCAGGAGUAGGGAGAGAGAGGGCUAUGGGGAAAAUGCUGCCGUGUUUCUACAAAAUACUGCUUGUUUGUUGGCUAUAUUGCCUACAAGAUUGCACGUGCCGUGCACGUGAGACGCGAGGAUACGGAGAAAUUCCAUAUAAUGAGUUGAGUGAUGAACCGCAGGGCAGUGGUGACAUUGACCUUAAAGAGGCCGGUGACUCUGGCUGUGGUAACCACGGUUGUUCUCAAGUGUGUGAAGUUAUCGGCGGCAUCCCCACGUGUCAGUGCAUGAGUGGCUAUAUUUUAGAGGAAAACGGGAAGACGUGUGCAGAUUUAGAUGAAUGUGCCCUGGAAAUCUGCGGGGAGCAGGCACGCUGCGUCAACAGCGUUGGCUCGUUCAGUUGCACGUGCCGCCAAGGUUACUUGAUGGAACAUGACGGGGUUUGUUAUGGUAUGUAUGCACCAUCUUCCGAUUCCACUUAA